CUCUGGGAAGCAGGUGUGCACUCACUCAUGCAUUUAUAGGUUCAAAGUCACCAAGCUCCGAUCUUUUUCCUCCAUGUUUCUCUUGCCAAAAUCCAUGUGAGGACAACAGUAGCUAGGACUCUGACAGAAUGACUAACACCUGGCCUCACUGAGGCUAUGCAAGAACUUGGUUCAGAUUUUAAUUUGUCAUAACCUUUUCCAAUGGCUAUGAUUUGAUCAUCGGUAGAGAGAAGCUGUCCCAUCGUAGACAGGAAUCCGUCAGUGGUAUCUGAACAGUGACAAAAGCAUAUAGACACAGGGAUGGGAGGCCAUUCGAUCCUGGGGAAAGUGGAUUGUAUGAUGUGAAGAUGCAGAUGCAAGCAGAGCUUCCCAAGUGUGGGUCAGGCAAGAAGACGACAUCCACGGAGUAGCUCACCUCCUGCCACAGCCUAUGUCUCAGGCCUGCUAAACAGGAAGGUUUCCAGGCCGAAUUCUACCUCUGUGCCUUGGCACAAGCUGCUAUUCUACCAAUAGCAAGCCUUCCUCACCUUACCAGCUGACACCACCUGUCUUCCUCCAGACUUCAGUUCUGGGGAAUUUCCCCCUGUUCCUGCUUGUCCACAGACUGCCCCACCCCGACAUUCUCUUCGGUUUCCACUCAAAAUAGCAAACUAUAGUUUUUUGGGGUUGUUUUGUCUUGUUUUAGGGCAUCCUGUCCUUGAGGCUCUCUAAGGACAGCUUCAGAGGUGUCCUCUACCUCUAUCUCUCAUUAGAGCUCCUUAUCACUCUCUACACUUCUUCUCACUAAAAGGAUCUAGAGGUGUCCUUCCUUACAGCCAUCAUGAGUUAAAAUAUUGGCCACAGCAACAAUGGCUCAGUCACUGUGAGAUGCUACAGCUAUUUGUGCUGACCAUGAAAUCUAGGUUCCCAGCCUGAGGAGGUUGGUGGGUUUCCUAGAUGAAACAGGCAUGGAGAGUUAUGAAGAAUAGCUAUAGGGUAACAGUGGAGGGAGGGGGAGGAGGAGGGAGAGGGAGGGGAGGAGGGAGGGGUAGAGAGAGAGAAUGCAGCUGUCCUUGGGAACACUGCCCAGCUGAGUUUUCCCAAUCUUUACUCAAGGUUGGAUCCAAGACUGUUGUACUCAGUGCCUUCUGCUACUUGGGGCCUCUGUGAAGGAUGGCAGGAGGCUACCACGGGAUCUCACAUGGAUGGAGGAAUCCCACAGGACUGCUUGGGGGCUAUAUGCUGAAUCUGGCUGACCUGCCUUGGAAUGGGGGGCUAUUCUGACUAGUAAGUCAGAUGAGCACACAUUCCCUGAACCAGAUCUUGAAGGAUCAACAGAUAAGCAGAUCAGGCAGACAUAGACUAACCCCCUAGCCUAUGGUUUAUCCACCAAGUGGGAGUACAGAGGACAUUGGUACCCAGAUAGUUUUUGAUAUUCUUUUGGAUCAAACCUUAUUCUGAGCAAGAUGCUUUUGGAGGCCAUCAUGGGUUAAAUAUUUUUAUGACUUGGAAUUCAUGUGCAGAAGCGUAUGGAAAUCUGCAAUCUGCAUGUUUUCCUGUGUUAGACACACAACAACCUGAACUUCAGAGCGCUUGCUUGCUCAUGCUCUCCCCUACCCGACUCUUGCUUGUUCUCCCCUCCCCUCCCUCACUGUGGCUGUCUUCAGCCAGGCCAGGCCAGUCUAUGCUACCUGGUAUCACCUGCCAAGGAGCUCAGAAGUUCACUUGAAUGCAGAGAAGCACAACAAAGGGACUCUCUUGGUAACACUGAAAUAAACAGGACUUGUUCCUAUGCUGAGACAGUCCUCAAAAUAAUUCCUACUAAGAGAUCCAUCUCUCCCUCUCUCCAGCCCUUCUCGAUCUUCCCCAGCCUCAAGGCAGCAUCCUCUGCUGCCUACUUCUCUGCUGAGAGCUUCUGGUGCUGCUUCCAGGGAUUCGGCAUUUGUCCCUGGGCUCAGACAAGGAAGUCUGCUCAGAUUUGAGAAACAGUGACCUGGGGCUGUGUUUACUUCUUUGCUGAAUGACUACCUUAUGUGAUCUCUUUGCUUUCUACUUUUCUUAAUUACUAUCUUGUGUGAUCGUUUUUACUACUUUACUUGAUUACCUUGUCUUCGCUCUAAAAACUGACCAUGUUUUUUGGAUGUACCUAGAAUGAUAUAAAAGCAAGUUAGCAUAACUGUCCUCUGAGAGACUCCACCCAGCAGCUGCCUGAAACACAUGCAGGGACCCACAGCCAAACAUUAGACUGGGCUCAGCAAGUCUUAUAGAAGAGUUGGAGGAAGGAUUGGGGAACCUACAGGGGAUAGGGGCUCCACAAGAAGACCAACACAGUCAACCAACCUGGACUCUUGGGAGCUCCCAGAAACUGACCCACCAACCAAAGAGCCUACUAGGUCUGGACCUAGGCCGCAGAUGUUCAGCUUGGUCUUAAUGCAGUUCCCCAACAACUGAAGAGGAGGCUUACCCUGACUGUCACCUGCCUGUAGAUCCUGUUUCCCUAACUGGGCUAACUUCUCUCAGUGGAAGAGGUCAUACCUAGUCCUGUGGUGACUUGAGGUUCCAGGGAAGCAUUGCACCCAGAGGGGACUUCCCCAGGUAAGGGAUGGGGAGAGACAGUGUAAGGAGGGGAGUGAGAAAAGAGGGCUGAAAUUGAGAUGUAAAGUGAAUAACUAAAUAAAUUAAUAAGAAAAAAAGAAAACUGUCACCCAGAUCAACCCACAUGCUGCACCCUGGGGCAGACUGUUUACCCAGGAGCCUGCCUGAACAUCACUAUCAGUUCAGGUACAGUACCCAGAGGACCACAAGAAUGCUACUCCAGUGACAGACUCAGUAACUAAGGAGCUGCCAAAUCAAUAUCCACAGGGAAGACUGUAUAAAAAGGGAACUAACCACACACUUCUUGAUUUUAAGGAAGGCCCAGUACUCAGGAGACUACACAAACUGCCCACAAGGAAGGCCCUAUUUAUAGAAGGCAGCUGCAACAUAUACAAUACUAGGGCAGGCUCAGUGCAGAGGGGACCACUCACAUAAUUUCCACAAAGUCAACACAGUAUCCUCUGAGCUCACAGCCUUCUACUCUCCAAUACUGCAUGGGUAUCCAAAAAACCAACAGCAUGAUGACCUCAGGGCAAGAUCAGCAUCCCAAAGCUAUUUGAGCUCUGAUUCCCUACACCAUUGGAACCAAAUGAAAUCCACGAUGCCUUUAGGGUAGGCUCAGUGGCACUCACACACUUCACUCGGUACAGGCCCAGUAACUGGGCUGUCCCCACGCCAACCUCAGGAAAGAAGCAGUAUUGCUUAGCCUAUUCACACUGAUCCCUGACAAGCCCAAUACCCAUGUGAAUGUCCACAUACUGAAUUCACUCAGUGUCCAGUAAGCCAAAUGUAGGCUGUCCCUAGGACUGGGGACCAGUUGCAUGUUGACAUCAAAGAAGAUGCAUGUGACCACACUCAGAUUGUCCAGAGUGAAGAAUACCCAGGUAAUCUUUUCUAUGAUAUCCCCAGGACAUCCAAUAUAUAGGAGGCUGCCAGUGCCAGGGACCAGCCUCAUCUGAGAGCAGGGCCUGGAGAAGGUUGAAUGCAAGAGCAGUGAAGGGAAGGAAGGAUCAGACACAGGACUUCAUUCAUUUCAUAAGAGAGGGGACAGAAAAGAAGCGCACCUCAGUGUGGCUUUUCCUACACUGACAAAUUAUGCCUCUUCAGGCUUUAUACAUAAAAUAAUUUCCUCAGAAUUUUUAUUCAUUGAUUAUAUAGCUUUUCAAAAUACAUUUUGAAAAAAUUUUUGAAAAAAGUUUUCCUCAGUUACAUAAAAAUAUUGAAAGAGGAACAAAGCAAACAGCAAUUUACUUAAGGGAAGUAAAAAUUAACAUUAUGAUAAAAUCAAUUUUCUUUAAAUUCAUAUCUUCUUCCUUAAGAUUGGGGUCAUAAAGCCUGUGAUCACAGAAAUGCUAGUCAGGAUGAAUUUGAUUCUGCUUCAGUUUCGUAUAAGAUUAACAGGUCAAAAGUUAUUUCCUACUGCCAGUUAAAUCAAGCUUGGUUUCCUACAAAAGUUCAAUCUCUCUAACCCUUAUUUGAUUCUUCUGUUCUUUCCUCUAUAUUUCUUUAUAAGGCCAUCAUCCUUUUACUUUAAUUCUUAAAAUAUUGUGCAGCCCCUUGCUUAAGCAAAGGAGGCCUAUCAGCACUGUCUGACAAGUCUGUCCAGGAAGCAGGCAGUUCCCUGAGCCAGAACGCCUUCUGCUGUGUCUCUGUCAGGAACACUAGUUUCAGUUGGAUUCCUAUCUUUAUUACAAUUAUGUAAAGAAUAGAAGAACAUCUGGAUUCCUAAAACUUUUGCUGUUGGGAAGGCACCAAGGCUUGUCAUUAACUGUAUGAUCAAAAUCUCUUCCUAUUCCUUCAAGUUCCUUGUUUCUAAAGUUGAACAUAAAAAAAUCUAGCAAUUCAAUUACAGUCUGUCGGCUUCUAGAAUUUCCCUAGGUUUUUCCUCUUUAAUAAUUUUCUCAAAUUCCCUAUCUCAUGCCUACUAAUAAUACUCCUUAAUGAUCUAAGUGUUUAUUUAAGUAAUAAGUUCUUAAGAGAGACUCAAGUUUGUGCAUAAAUAAAUUCAUUAAUUUCAUUCUUGUUUGCACCAGUUUUUUGUUGUCUCAGCUCUGUGAGAGACGUAGGUAGAGCAAAAGGUGUGUAGCAAAUUUCCACCAAGGGCAGUGGAGAGUCAGCCCAAGUUGUCUAAGCACCAGAACUUUGUCAAGCAGUGCCUUCAGGACACUUGGCAUCGCCAUGCCAGACAGUAUUUUCAAGGCAAUUCUAGUACCCACAAUGCUACUCUCAUAUUUCCACCAGAAAAAAAGCUCAAUGUCAGGGGCUGCGGCCCACCACCCACCGAUGCAGGCCCAAUACCCAGAGGGUUGUCCCUGAAGUCAACAUGUGGUCAGUUCCACUUGCUCCACAGUAGCCAGGAGGCCGCUGAAUAUAAAACGGCUUACAGUGAAAACUGCAAGAUACUCACAUAAACUGCAGUGGGGCUGAUGUUAGAAGAAAAGUAAAGGUUGAAACAGAAAGGCUUGGAACACUGAAGAACAUAGAAAUGAAGGCCACGUGGAUCUGAUAUAACCAAACUGGCCAGAUGAGAGGAGGGGCAGGGCUAUGGCCCCAUGAUGAUAGGACAUGAGUAAGGCACUGCUGUCAUUUCCUUGCUUUUAAUGCUGCUAAUUGUAAGUAAUGAUGGAUUCUAAAAAAGCCUCCGCCUAUUUCGAGUCAGAGACCCCAGACUGUGCCACAGAUAUUAAAAACAACCACUGUUUUUUGGUGGACAUGAGGACUUACCAUCAAGUUGAGCCAAGGAGCAUGAAUAGAGCAUGUGGGCCCUCUAUUGGCUUGACCCAUGAUAGCAUGGAGAACUAACUAACAUAGUAAUUAUCACACUCAGUCUUUGUCCAGUCUCUGCUAUGUAGCAUAUCACACACACACACACACACACACACACACACACACCCCACCCCACAUAAGAAAGUUCAAUGGCUUUUUCCUCUCUCAGAAACCCCUCCCACUCUCUGGAGUCUCUCACUUUCCUGUAAGUCUUUAAUGGAGCUUGCUUCCACUUUGCUUACUCCUUCAAGUGUCUCUGUCUUGAAUCUUAACUGGUAUGAGACAUGAACUUGAAGCCCCUGUCCCAGGACUGCACUUAAAUGUCCUUUGGUCAGGCACAACUUGGUGGAGAAAAAUCCCAUCACACUCAAACAUUGUAUCAACCUCAGAGAUGGACCUGCAACCCUUGGAGAUUGAGGACUCUGGAGACCACAUGUACAUUGACCUAAGUGCAACACUUUAUCCAGAGAAUCCUACUCAGAUAGCCUUCAGAGCUGGCCCAGUACCUAGAAGACAGCCCACCUAAUAAAUCCAGGGAAGACACAGUACCCAUGUCUAUACUGCCAUCAGAGUAGGCUUAGCAUGACUUAGGACAUGCCAUUCCGACCUUGUAUAAUCCGAAUGUUCAAGGGUUAACUGAACACCGCCCUCAGUGAAUUGCUAUAACCCAAGGUGCAACUGGAACAUGUUCCAUAGGUCAAAUCUAGUACUGACGUUACCCACUCACUGCCAAAGGAUAGACUCAGUUCUAAUAGGGAGCAUUGUGUUUUGAAAACAAUGUAGGUUCAGGACUCAUAGGGAAGCCCACACACUGGACUUAGUUUGGACCUAGAAUCCAGGAGGUUGAUUUCCAACUAAUCUCAGGGUAGACUUGGUACCAAGAGGACUGACUGAACCCUGCCCUUUAUCUCAGGCCCAGCAUCCAGAAGACCAUACUUCAAUGAACCCAGGGCAAGACCAUAAACCAGAAGACCACUUGCACACUGUAACUAUUGUAGACCUAGUAACUAAAGAGCCAAAAUCAUACUUCCUCUACCUUAUUCAGUACCCAGGGGGCCCCUCAUACCGAACAGAGAGUAUCACAGAUCCAAGCACUCAACCACAUGCUGAAAUCAGGGUUUAUGCAAAAUAUGGGGAUGCUCAAACACUAACUUAAGUGUAGACCCAGUACCCAGAGGGCCACCAUCAUGCUAUCCCUAGUGUAGGUCUGUUACACAGGCUCCUGUUGAUCCAAUGUUCCCCAGGUACUCUCAGCAUCCAGUGGCUGCCUGAAUGCUGUCCUCCACCCCAAUUUCAUCAAUGAAGCAGCCUGACAUACAUGCUUAGUUAAGAUACAAUUCCUAGAGUCUACUGGAACAAUAACCCUAGGGUAGACCCAGUUCCCAGGGAGCUGAGUGCAUACCACUCCUUGUUCAAGCCCUAUACCUCAGGGGAGAGAAGGCUGUCUCCAUGCUGACCCUGUUGGCAGAAGUAAUACCCUGUGGACCAACAAUUUGCUGAUCUCAAAGCAGGUCCAGUAUUAGGAGUACCUCCCACACUCCACAGCAGGGCCAAUUCCUAAGACCAGACUAUACAGCGUAGAUAGGGUAGGCCAAGUGCUAAAAAGAUGAUGGCCACAAUGCCCACCCUUAGGGUGACCCAGUUCCUAAGUGUGGGAUGUAAAAUCAUGCCAGGAAGUUUGGUAAGGUAGAGCAGGUUGAGACCCAGAGACUCGAUGGGCACACCCCUGAGACUUAGGUGACUCCCAGCUCCCUGCCAGAGUCCUGACUUGGAACAUGUGCCACACUCCUCACAUAAAAGAAACGUGUCCUAUGGUCACAUGGGGCCAAAACAGAGUUCUCCACAUUAAUGAGGUACCUAGAGGCCCAGAGGGCUUAGCCAAAAUGUUUCCUCUCUAGACAUUCCUUCCUACAAAAGGUAUUUAAUGUCAGGCCUACCCUGAGAAGUGGGUAUGGUUUUUUUAUGCAUCCAUUUUCCACCAAGAACAACCACAAAACUGUUAGACCAUAGACCAUCUCUUUUGUCAAGAUCUGCCACAAAAAAACUGGGGAAGGCCUUUGUCUGUAGAGCUGCAGCAUAAUUCUCCCAUAGAAGGACUCUGCACUCCCAGCCACAACCACCAUCAAGCCUGCCUCUGCCAAGCUAAGGACAAUCACCCAUGGGACAAACUGGAGCUCCCCUACGUCCCCAGGCUAGAUGUUGUCCCCAGCCAGCUGGCCCCUGACUCUGUUCUCUGCUCUUCUGUAACUCCCAGUGAUGCCCAGAUGUCUAAGAGUCUGAGAACCCCACUUCCCAGCCUUAUUGCAGGCCCAGGGAUCCCGAACCAGAUCCACUUUCCCACAUCUCAGAUUGCACUUUCCCACCCCACCCCCAGCAGUGCCUUGGCACUUCCCUAUAGCCUGGCACCCAUUAGGGUAAGCACAGUCAAACUCCCUACGUUCCAUCUCCCAAGAGGCCAAAGCAUUCACCUACAGAACCAACACUUAGAGGUGCCCAAAAACUCUACUUCACACCUCUUUGAACUGCUGUUGACCUGAAUCAGUGACAGAACCUAAGAGAACGCACCAGAGGAUGAAAAUUGUUUUAAAUUGGAAAGCUGGGGUCAGAAGAUCUUGAACAAACUCUGUCUUAUGCCAGCAGGUUUGUAAAGAAGUGCAACACUGUGGAGCAGUGGCCCAUGCCAGGAAACUUGGUAAAGCUUAGUGGGUUCAGAAACCCCGGCACCCACCUGAGGACAGUAGGAGUUUCCAUACUCCCAACCAGAUUCCUGGCCUGGAACAUGUGACCGCAACUCCCCACAUUAGACCACGACCACUGGUCAUGUAGCACAUAACACUGAGUUCCCCAUGCUGAUGAGGUCUCUAGAUGGGCUCUGAGGGUUUAGCCAGUGAGCUUCCCUUCCAGACAUCCCAUCCUGCAAAAACUAUUUAACCUCUGGUCCACCCUGAGGAAGUUGUGUGUACCUAUUCCCAAGUUGAGCAAUCAAUAAACAGUUUGGAACCAAGGGCCGUCUCUCUCAUCAAGAACAGCUGCCAUGGGGAGAAGCCCUCAUUACCAAGCUGCAGUACCUAACUCUCCCACAGAAGGCCCCUCUGUGUGCCUGGAUAAUUGCAGCUAACCUAAGCUGGAGUUCCCCCUCCCCACGGCCCUAGCCUUGCAAUUUUCAGCAGCAUCUGAACAUCCAGGAGUCAGGGAACCCCAACUUCAGCCUCAGCCUAUGCCGAUUCUCACUCGGGCUGAGGUCCUAUCCUAAGCUGCAUUCUCUCACCCCCUGAGCAACAUGUCAGCCCUUCCCACAAACCUAGCACCUGAUGUCAGUGUAGGGUAAAAAUGCAGUCCAGUGGAGUGCGGUGGCAAGACUGAAUGCAGAACCAAACAUCAGGGUGGAGAGAUGGCUCAGCAGUCGAGAGCACCGGCUGCUCUUCCUGAGGUCCUAAAUUCAAUUCCCAGCAACCACACGGUGGUUCACAACCAUCUAUAAUGGGAUCUUAUGCCCUCUUCGGCAUGCAGGUGUACAUGCAGAUAGAGCAUUCAUAUGCAAGCAAUAAAUAAAUAAAUAAAUAAAUAAAUAAAUAAAUAAAUCUUUUUUUUUCUUUUUUUCAGAGCUGGGGACCGAACCCAGGGCCUUGCACUUGCUAGGCAAGCACGCUACCACUGAGCUAAAUCCCCAACCCCAAAUAAAUCUUUUUUUUUUCUUUAAUUUUUGAAAAGAAACGGUUGGGAAAGCAGGGGCUGUACCUCUCCUGGGCAGCAGCAUACGGUUGGCCCUGAUAGGAAGACAUGUGUGAGCUAAUCCCGAGGGCUACCUGGAAUAGUCAGGAGGGGUGCUAGCUCCUAGGAUGUGAGAAUUGGAGGGCCAGCCCUGUCCCCUCACUGGCUACAGGACUUGGGAGAGUAGGCCCCUAUACCUCAGCUGGGCACAGUGGAGCUAGCUCUGGAGGCGUAGGUGUGGGUGAGUGGACCUCAGGGAAAUGUGUGUGGGCCAGCUGACCCUGCCUGCUGAUGAUGGCAGCCCUGGGCGGCCUGGCCGGAGCAGUGCUGGAGAGCUCACCCUGUUGGUGCAGAUAUGGGAGAGCUGGCUCAGCUACCAACCAGGCCCAGAUCCAGGGCUCUGAGCUAGUUCACCACAGAAAUCUGUAUCAUCUGCAAAUGGUGGGGAUUCACGAAAGGGCUGGUCCUGCUGAUCCAAAGCUGCUGGAUCCAUAUGACACAAGACAACAACAGGAUCACCAGGAGAAAUCCCGGUGACGAUCCAAUAUUGAUGAUGUCACAGAAGCCAGAGAUCUUGAAGCAGACCGAUGAGUGAAUGACUAUAAUGAACGUUUACAAGUGAAGAUGUGUGGACAGAGGCUAUAUUGUAGGGCACUCUGUGACACUUUCCAUGGUGAGAUGUCUUCUAUGCUUUGGUUUGUUUUGGAGAGUUAUUAAGUUCAGGGGUGUGUGUGUGUGUGUGUGUGUGUGUGUGUGUGUGUGUGUGUGUGUGUGUGUGUUUUAGCUGUGUGAAGGGCAGAUAUGAUGGAACUGGGAAAUGAGCGAGACUGAAGUGCGUGAUACGAAGCUCACAAAGAAUCAAUAAAGGUUCUUUAAAGUGCAGCUCUUAUAUACAGUGUGUAAGGAGAGUGGGAAAGAUUCAGCAGAAAGGGAUAUACGAUGAGACAGAGUCAACAGGAAGCUAAGCAAGCACACAACAGUCUGUGGAUUGAUAACCAUAACCCCUCAAGGUAGAGAGAGUUGAGCAUCUAGGAUCAGAACUGGAAUUUCCCCCCAAGGCCCUGGCCCAAGGUCAUUACUGGCUUUGGCAAUCAUGAUUCUGGUUUUAGACAAGGAACUGCAUUCCUUCUCCACACAUAAGGGUCUCAAGGAAAGCUUUGCAUUGGCCUGGCUCCCAAACUGCACGAUAGACAUCCAUCCUAACACUCAAUCCUUUCUGGUCCUACCUCCUAGGUAGGUAACCUUCUUAUUCUGAUAGGCUUUGUGAGACUUCAGAGGCUCCUGGGCAGCCCUGACACUGAGUGCCCUCUCCUAGAAUAGCCUGCACUCAUCUGGGCCUCAACGUUCUCCCUGUACACUACUACAGUCCUCUACUCCUCAACCAUUUCCCCUAAAGUCUGAGAAACCUCCAUUCCUGAACAUUCACUAAUAUCUAAGCCUGUCACAAUUGCCCUUAAAGACUUAUGACUUUCCUUAAAGGCAUCAAUAUUAUUUAAAACCUAAAGCUCACAAAAGUUUAUAGCCUCCCAUUGACAAAUUCCUCGAUAACCCAAUACCUAGGGGCCACCUGAACACUGACCUCAGGGUAAGAGCAGUAUCCAAUGUGAUGAAUAAAUGCUUCCCUCAGGGCCCUUUACUCAGUAUGAGUAGGCAGCCCACGCACUGCCAGCUAGCACAGGGACAGUUUGAAGGAAAUGCUAGCUAGCCUGUUGCUCCUGGGGCAGAUUCAGUACCCAGGGAGUCAUAAGCAUACUGUCUUCCAGUAUAGUCCUAGAACACAGAAAACUGUCUAAAUCCUGACCUCAUGGCAGGAGCAAUGCCCAGAGAUGACACCAGCCAACUGACCAACUGUACCCCAGGUCAGACCCAACACCCAGGUACCUUAUGCUUUCAUCCAAUUCAGGGCACAUACACAAGGGGGUAAGCACAUGCUUCUCCCUAAGGAGGCCCAGGACCUAGCAAGUUGUCCAUAUUACUACUAAUACUGAAAAGACCAAUCCAGGUACCUAGAGUGUGGUCUCAUACAUCACCCCAGGGAAGACCUAUUACCAAGAGGGCCACAAGUCCUCCCAUCUACGCCUGAGCCAAUAUCCAGGAGGCGCCCUAUUGCUUCCAUUUAAUUCAAGAUGAGUAAACAGAAGAGCAAAUACAUACUUCCCCAAGGGUAGCCCUAGCGCCUAAAGAGCCAUCUGCACCCUGAGCAAAGGUUAUAGAGUCCCCAGGGGUCUAACUGCACAUUGCACCCAACUCAGGCCACAUGACCAACAGCACUUCUUGACAUGAUUCCUUUCAUUCAUAUCUAUGAAAGUGCUAGAAAAAUGUUACAUUCAAGUAUACAUGACAAAACUGAGGUCUAGAAAAGUUUCAGCAGGGUCCAAGGCCAUACAUGUAGGCAGCUCAGUCAUACUUCACUCCCAAAACCUGUGACCUGGGAUCCUGCCUCUUUCCAAAGUUUAGCACUGCCAUCCUUUGUAAACCACCAAAUCCAUCAAUAACUUUACUCAGACCCCAUCAUCCCAAUUACUCCAGAUCUGAGGCAGGAUGGUCACAUAGUCAAGGCUGCCAUGCACAAAUUAUUCACUGUCUCACAAAAAAAUUAAUCUGUUUGUAGUACCACAAAUCUGGAAUCCUUGUACUGAGGAGUUAAAGCAUAGAGAUCAGGAGUUCAAGGUUACUCUCAGGUAAAAAGAAAGAGGUCCCCCAGCUAGACCUCUCUUGGGCAUAGACCCAAAAGAUGCCCCAACAUAUAACAAAGACACACGCUCCACUAUGUUUAUAGCAGCCUUAUUUAUAAUAGCCAGAAGCUGGAAAGAACCCAGAUGCCCUUCAACAGAGGAAUGAAUACAGAAAAUCUACACAAUGGAAUAUUACUCAGCUAUCAGAAACAAUGCCUUUAUGAAAUUCCUAGGCAAAUGGAUGAAACUGGAAAAUAUCAUCCUGAGUGAGGUAAUCCAAUCACAGAAAAACACACAUAGUAUGCACUCAUUGAUAAGUGGCUAUUAGCCCAAAUGCUCAAAUUACCCUAGAUGCACAGAACACAUGAAACUCAAGAAGGAUGACCAAAAUGCAGAUGCUUCACUCCUUCUUUAAAAGGGGAACAAGAAUACCCUUGGGAGGGGAUAGGGAGGCAAAGUUUAGAACAGAGGCAGAAGGAACACCCAUUCAGAGCCUGCCCCACAUGUGGCCCAAACACAUACAGCCACUAAACUAGAUAAGAUGGAUGAAGCAAAGAAGUGCAGGCUGACAGGAACCGGAUGUAGAUCUCUCCUGAGAGACCCAGCCAGAAUACAGCAAAUACAUAGGUGAAUGCCAUCAUUAAACCACUGAACUGAGAACGGGACACCCGUUGAAGGAAUCUUAGAAAGGACUGAAAGAGCUUGAAGGGGCUCGAGACCCCAUAUGACCAACAAUGCCAACCAACCAGAGCUUCCAGGGACUAAGCCACUACCCAAAGACUAUACAUGGACUGACCCUGGGCUCCAAUUGCAUAGGUAGCAAUGAAUAGCCUAGUAAGGGCACCAGUGGAAGGGGAAGCCCUUGGUCCUGCCAAGACUGAACCUCCAGUGAACGUGAUUGUUGUGGGGAGGGCAGUAAUGGAAGGAGGAUGGGGAGGGGAACACCUAUAUAGAAGGGGAGGAGAAGGGGUUAGGGGGAUGUUUGCCUGGAAACCACGAAAGGUAAUAACAAUUGAAAUGUAAAUAAGAAAUACCCAAUUUAAUAAAGAUGGAGAAAAAAAUCAAAUAUAUGAAUAAAAACUAAAUCAAAAAAAAAAGAAAAAGAAAGAGGUCCACAUGAGGUAAAUGGCACCUCAUUUUAAAAUAAUACAAAAAAUUAAUAAACAAAUAGAAGGAAGAGAAGUUUGGGGGAUGUGCCCAGUGGUAGAGCAUUAGCCUAGCAUGCACAAGACACUAGGUCAGAUACCUAGUACUAGAAAAUGACAAAUAAAAAACAGCACCUCAGACUGCAGUGAUGGCAAAGUGGUUAAGAGCAUAGGCCACUCUUCCAGAGCACCCAGAUUCUAUUCCCAACACCCACGUUGUGGCUCACAACUGUCUAACUCUAGUUCCAAGGGAGAUGAUGUCCUUUUCAAGCCUCCAUGAGUGCCAAGCACACAUGUGGUGCACAGGCUUUCAUAAAGGUAGAAUACUCAUACACAUAAAAUAAAAUGUAAUUUAAAAGAAACAAAAAAAAAACACCAACUCUUUAAGGUUAUGUCACCUCAAACCUUUAAAUCCCAGCACUCUGGAGGCAGAGGCAGGAGAUCUCCAGGUUUAAGACAAGCCUAGGAUUUCAGGAAAGCCAGAACUGCACAGAGAAACCGUGUCUUAAAAAAACCAGAGAGAGACAGCCAUUGCAGUACAUUGAGCUCCAUAGAGACAGCGCCGGGGCAAGCGAGAGCCGGACGGGCACUGGGCAACUCUGUGCCUCGCGGAGGAAAAUCAACUAAACAUGGGCAAAGGAGAUCCUAAGAAGCCGAGAGGCAAAAUGUCCUCAUAUGCAUUCUUUGUGCAAACCUGCCGGGAGGAGCACAAGAAGAAGCACCCGGAUGCUUCUGUCAACUUCUCAGAGUUCUCCAAGAAGUGCUCAGAGAGGUGGAAGGCCAUGUCUGCUAAAGAAAAGGGAAAAUUUGAAGAUAUGGCAAAGGCUGACAAGGCUCGUUAUGAAAGAGAAAUGAAAACCUACAUCCCCCCCAAAGGGGAGACCAAAAAGAAGUUCAAGGACCCCAAUGCCCCCAAGAGGCCUCCUUCGGCCUUCUUGUUCUGUUCUGAGUACCGCCCAAAAAUCAAAGGCGAGCAUCCUGCCUUAUCCAUUGGUGAUGUUACAAAGAAACUAGGAGAGGUGUGGACCAACACUGCCUCGGAUGACAAGCAGCCCUGUGAGAAGAUGGCCGCCAAGCUGAAGGAGAAGUACGAGAAGGAUACAGCUGCCUACAGAGCUAAAGGAAAACCUGAUGCAGCGAAAAAGGGGGUGGUCAAGGCUGAGAGGAGCAAGAAAAAGAAGGAAGAGGAAGACGACGAGGAGGAUGAAGAUGAUGAGGAAGAGGAGGAAGAGGAAGAUGAAGAUGAUGAAGAAGAUGAUGAUGAUGAAUAAGUUGGUUCUAGCGCAGUUUUUUUUUCUUGUCUAUAAAGCAUUUAACCCCCCUGUACACAACUCACUCCUUUUAAAGAAAAAAAUUGAAAUGUAAAAAAAAAAAAAAAAAAAAAAAACAGAGACAGA